AUGAACUACCAGAGAAUAUGGCUGCUACUUGUUGCUGUCUUCUUACCAAGUCUUUUCGCACAAACACCCAUUGGCCAGGUCCAUAAGACGAAGGUGAACGAUCUUGAUGCAGUCGUCAAGACGAACUCUAUCACAAGCAAAACUCCGACAUCCUCUAACCGAAUGUUGAGAUUGCGCGACGCAUCCGUCCGGGAUACGGUCGGUGGUGACAAUGGAAGUGGCGAGGAGAGGGUGAACACACAUGCGUUAUCGAGGAUCGACGAUCUAAUACACAAACUUUUCAAGUCCAAUCCGGAGAAAGCGCAAAUCAAAGCAUGGGUGAAUUCCGAUGUGCAUCCUAAAAUGCUUUUUGACGUUUUGCGUCUCGGAAAGGGUACAGCGAAGCUGGAUGAUGAUCCAAACAUCCUCGCUUGGCUCCAGCUUGUAGCGGCAUUCAGAGCUAAGAAUGGGGAGCAGGCUUUUUCGGAUCUGGACAUCUAUUACUUGUUGCUGAAGACGAAAAGUGCAGAAGAACUGUCCAAUCUUCUCGAAUCUCUACAAAAGGUUCCAGCCUUCAAGAAGCUUGCCGCGAGUAUGCAGAAGUCUUUGUCUGGAACGUGGAUACCCAAAACCUUAGAGCACGAAACGAACCCAAGCAUCCUAUUCGAUACACUACGCCUGAGAGAUGCUGGUGCAAAACUGGGUGACUCGCCAAUCUUUCACCAGUGGCUGUAUUACGUAGAGAAGUAUCGCGCAAAGAGAGGGGAUCACUGGUUCGGCGACAUCGAAAUGCUCGCCGUGUUUCGAAAGACAAUGCCGGAAGAUGAAGUAGUUCUUCUGAUUCACAAGAUUCGAAACAUCCCGGGUAUGAAGAACCACGGCGAUAUGAUGCAGAGAUUUCUGUUCUUAACGUCCAAAACCAGCCAAAAAACAAUGAAUGAGGUGUGGUUAAAGUUCCAAGUGCCCCCAGAAGAAGUUUUCCGGAUUUUAGCUCUAUCUAAGGCUAGGAUGGAUGGUCUCGACGAUAACACAAUGUUGAUCCAUUGGCUCAGGUACAUCAAAUUGUACAGGGGUCACACAAAGACGAACGUGUUCACCAGCGAGCAAACCGUGCUUUUCCUGACGAAGGCUAAACCAUUUCAAUCAGAAUGGGAGUUUGCAACACUAUUCCAAUCGCUAAAGGACGUCCCAGAUUUGAAACCAUUCGCCGAAAACAUGCAAUCUUCCCUGUUUCUAAAAUGGUUACGAAUGGAGUUUGACCCGAAUCAAGUUUCGCAUUUCUUGACUCUUCCCUAUCCUACGAACGCUGUGAGACUGCCGAAGAGCCAUCCCGUAUACAGGACUUGGGAGAGUUACACACUUUAUUUCACUAAAAGGAAGGGUGGCAAACCUCUGCUGAAGAAAGUGAAGGCACUAUUCGACAACGACAACCCGACUGGUGCGCUUACUGCAGUUAUGAAGGCACAGUAA